AUAACCUUUCCAGAUAACUUUUGUAAAUAAAGCAUCAUAUUAUAAUUUUUAUUUUAAAUAUGAUAUCUACGAUAUCCGUUUUAAGUAGAAUAAAAUAUAUUGUACCUGAACUUCAACGUAUAUUACCCAAUAUAACUUUUUACGAAGUAAACGAUGUAGAAACAGAUAAGAAGUUCAGAGAUUCUCAAGUAAUAAUUGCGGAUUUUGAUUUAAUAGCACCUUAUAUUUAUAAUUUAUCACAAACAAAGUGGGUCCAAGGAACAUGGGCGGGAGUGGAAAAAUUGAUGGAAAAAGUUGACAAAUCGAAACCUCCCUCGUUUCCAAUAUCUCGGUUUACUGGUGAUCACUUUGGAAAACUAAUGAGCGAAUAUGUCGUGUCAAAUAUUGUAAAUUUCGAGAGACGAGCUUUCAAAAUAAGAGAAAAUCAGAUGUUGGAACAGUGGGAUCCGAAUAAUGAUAUUCAUAAUUAUAGAGCUAUUUAUGAUUUGACUAUAGGAAUCUUGGGAUUAGGUAGUAUUGGAUCUAGAGUUGCUAAAACAUUGAAUAACAUGGGAGCAGUGGUAUAUGCAUAUGGUAGAAGAGAUUCUAUCGAUUUAGAUGAAUUUGAAUAUGUAUCGAAAUACUUCAAUAGUGAUAAUUUAUCGGAAAUUUUGAAAAGUUGCGAUUACAUUGUUAAUAUUUUACCCAAUACUCCACUCACAAAGGGAUUAUUGAAUAAAGGUGUUUUAGAAAACUGUAAAAAUAAGCAGAGCGUUUUUAUAAAUGUUGGGAGAGGUUCUAUUAUCUCUGAAGAAUGUUUGUUGACUGCUUUGAAAAAUAAAUGGAUAUCUGGAGCAAUAUUGGAUGUUUUCGAAGAGGAACCUCUAAGAAAAGACAGUGCACUUUGGAAAACUCCUAACGUAAUUAUAACACCCCACGUGGCAGCAACUAGCAGAGCGAAAGAUAUAGCAGAAGUAGUUAAGGUUAAUCUACAGUAUUAUGAAGCGAAUUUGAAAAUUCCAGCUACCAUUGAUUUCAUCAAAGGGAUUCUCAAAAUACUUCACCUUAAUAAUAAACUGUGAAGGCAAAUGGGAUCAAAGUACCAUACAAGCAAUGGACAGAAAUGACAUUAAAUGGUAUACGGACGGAUUAAAAACAGCAAAAGGAACUGGAAUAGGAGUGUACAUAACCAGAACCGAACACUCUGAAAGUCUGGACAGCACAUUAAGAAUUUUUCAAGCAGAAAUUAAUGCAAUUGGAAAAUGUGUCCAGUUCAAUCUAGAAAGAAAAAAAAUCAUUAUCCUGUUCGUUAGUCAAGCUGCCAUUAGAUCUCCAAGCUCUAAUAUCAUAAAAUCAAAACCCUGUGAAGGGAAAUUGAGGAGAAGAUUAGCUCGCUAAAGUUGGGGCAGACAAGCCCUUCAUGGGGUAUCAGCUACAGAACAAUGGAAAAAGCACUGGGAAAGAAGAAGGUAGAUAGGAGCAAAACCAAUUACCUAUAUCUAUAUAAAUCUAUAAGGGCUGAAACAGGCAAAGACUCUUCUGGGAAACUAUAUCCAGAGAAAAUCUGCUGACUGUAUCAACCUAAGCUAGAACAAUCUAAGAAUAUCAACAGGAGUCCUAUCUUAGCAGAUAAUGCUGCACGAAGGACGACAUCUCUAUCCAUAUUCUCUCGAAGUGUGAAACACUAAAGAACUCCAUGGCACUACACCUGGGUGCGAAUGGAAUAGAAGACGAAGAUCUUAAUUAAAGCCAUACCACAUUCUAGACUUUUUAAAAGGAGUGGAAUUAACAGAUCAGCUGUAAAGUCUGGGUUCUCUAGUAUCGCAGCAAGAAAGGUGGACACAAUAAAUCCUUUGGGUCGCAAUGUAUAUGAGACACCAAACCUAUUCAUACAUCAAAAUAUCAAACAAAUAAUCUGUCUUAUAACAAGAUAAUAAAAGAAUUUUAGUUUUC